GAAGAACAGUUAUAGUACUACUACCACUAUGGUAAAGUCUAAACUCUACACAUCAAUUUAUUUUGGUAUGAAGAGAGUACACGAAACGGUCUGCUUUCUACAACACCUCGAUCUCGUCUAUAAAUACCGGGGACGUGCAUCCUUCCCUUACACCACAUCGAUCACAUUCGAUCACAUUCGGCUAGUAACCAAGCGGCGGUUCUUGCGCUAGCUAGCUCGAGCAAUGGCGAAGUGGGCGGCUGCGAUGGAGAUGCUUCUGCUGGUGGUGGUUGCGGCGGCGGCGGUGGCGGUGGUGGUGGCACAAGCGCCGCCGCCGCCGCCGCAGUGUGACCCCGGGCUGCUGUCGCCAUGCGCGGCCCCGAUCUUCUUCGGGACGGCGCCGUCGGCGUCGUGCUGCUCUAGCCUGAAAGCACAGCAGGGGUGCUUCUGCCAGUACGCGAAAGACCCGACGUACGCGUCCUACAUCAACAGCACCAACGCACGCAAGAUGAUCGCCGCCUGCGGCAUCCCCUUUCCCAACUGCAGCUAGGCUCCGUCGCCGCCGUUCACCGGUGCGGGCCAUGAUGUGUGGCAACAUAUAUAAAUAUAUGGUGUACUGCGUGCUUGAAUAAAAUAAAGGACAAUGUGUGGAAACAUAUAUAAAUAUAUGGUGUACUGUGUAUUUGAAUAAUAUAAAGGAUGUGUGUUUGAAUACAUAAAUUAUCGAUCGAUUAA